CCCUCCCUACUCAUUCUCCCUCAGCUUCCCAGCUCUAUCUGAUUCCUGUCACUUGGCUCCCUGGACCAGCAGCCAUGGCUGAUAUGAAAACAGGCAUCUUCGCUAAAAAUGUCCAGAAAAGGCUUAGCAGGGCCCAGGAAAAGGUGCUUCAAAAGUUGGGGAAAGCCGAUGAAACAAAAGAUGAACAAUUUGAGGAAUAUGUACAGAAUUUCAAAAGGCAAGAGGCUGAAGGUUCCCGCCUACAAAGAGAAAUGCGAGCUUAUUUGACUGCUAUCAAAGGAAUGCAAGAGGCAUCAAUGAAACUCACAGAAUCUCUUCAUGAAGUUUAUGAGCCAGACUGGUAUGGGAGAGAUGAUGUCAAAAUGGUGGGAGAGAAAUGUGACACACUCUGGGAAGAUUUUCAUCAGAAAUUAGUAGAUGGAGCUUUGAUAACACUUGACACAUAUCUAGGGCAGUUUCCUGACAUAAAGAAUCGCAUUGCUAAGAGGAGCAGAAAGCUGGUUGAUUAUGACAGUGCAAGGCAUCACUUAGAAUCCCUACAGAAUGCUAAGCGAAAAGAUGAAGGAAGAAUAUCUAAGGCUGAAGAAGAAUUUCAAAAGGCUCAGAAAGUGUUUGAAGACUUUAACAUUGAUUUACAGGAAGAGCUUCCAUCCUUAUGGUCAAGGCGAAUUGGUUUCUAUGUCAACACAUUUCAGAAUAUAUCUGGCUUAGAAGCAAAAUUCCACAAGGAAAUUACUGUGCUCUGUCACAAGCUGUAUGAAGUAAUGACCAAGUUAGGAGAGCAGCAUGCUGACAAGGCAUUUACUAUUCAAGGAGCCCCAAGUGACUCAGGUCCACUGCGAAUUGCAAAGACUCCAUCUCCGCCUGAAGAGGUCCCAGAAGAACCAAGUCCAUUGGCAAGCCCCAACCACACAUUAGCACCUAUCUCAUCACCAGCCCCAGCACGACCCAAAUCACCCUCACAGCUGAGGAAAGGUCCUCCUGUCCCACCUCUACCUAAACUCACCCCAUCAAAAGAAUUGCAGCAAGAAAACAUCAUUAGCUUCUUUGAAGACAAUUUUGUCCCUGAAAUUAAUGUGACAACUCCAUCACAGAAUGAAGCAGUAGAAGAAAAAAAAGAAGAAUCUUUACUAGACUUGGAUUUUGACCCAUUUAAGCCAGAAUCAGCAACAGUGGGAAUUGUACAGUCCCAUUCACCAUUAUCACAGACAUUGCCUUGGGAUCUCUGGACGUGUUUUUGUCCUUCCACACAGACUAACAAUGAAGUUGUACAGCCUCCUGUCUCUGAAAGUUUGUCAUUAUGUAACUUGAUAAUGGCUGAGACCCCAAGCUGUGGGUCAGCUGAAGAUUUAAACAUAUCUCAACCUCAUGAAGUUGCAGAUAGCUGGGGCCUUGAAAAUAGCACAGUCAGAGAUAGGGUGACACCUAAUGAGACUGCCCAAGCUGAAGAUUCUCAAGACAAUUUGCAUGGAGAAAAUGCACAUUCUAAAUGUGCCGAGGAGCAUUACUCAUUGGAAUCAAAUUUAGACAGAAAUGAAUCAUUUGAAGAUAGAGAGGUUCAUAAGUUUUUGCCAGAAGUAUCCAUUUCAGAUACUAUAAAUAUUGUUGAUAACAGUCUACAGACAGAAAUCCUAGAUAAAGAAGAAACGCUAGAUGGGGCCAGAAAACAUGUGUUCAUUGUAGACCUUGAGUUAUAUGAACAAACUGAACCUUCAAGCAACAUAAAAAAUAAUUUUGAAGAGGAGUGUGAAGAAUACAGCCCCAACAAUGACCAAUUGAAUGAGACAGAGAGUCUUCAACUAUCAACUAAGGAAUACUUGGAAACCACAGAGGUAGAAUUUGCAUUAGACCAGGAACAAGUUUUGGUGAAUAAAAAGUCUGAGACAGAUAUAACAGAUAAAAUUGAUUUAAAAUUGCAGUGCUUGGAGCAUCCAAGAGGGAAUGCAUUGAAUGCAAUGAAUGAACAGCAUGAUUCACCUUUAAAGACUUUAGAUUUGGAACAAUUGCCACAAACCCUAGCAAUAGAGGAUGACAAAAAGUAUUUUGAAUGUAAUAAUGAUAUUACUGAUGAGGAGUUUGUUUUGGAUAAAAGUAGCCAUAAAAGCUUUAUAGAUAAAGUAGACACUGAUUCUCAUAACAAUGAUUUUAUAUAUACUUCUGUUAGCAAUGAAAGUGAUAUUACAUCUAAUGAUGUAAGUGAAACAAAGGAACCAGAUAAUAAACUGAGAUAUUGUGCUAGGGUUUUAAAAAAGCAAACAUCUUUUGAGGUUUAUGAAGUUAUACCUUAUUCUCCUGAAAAUAAGGCUAACUUGCUUCUAGGAUCUGACAAUUGCUUUAACACAAGUAAAAUUAAUAUAUCUCCUGACAGUACAGAUCAUGGGCAUGUAGAUCAGGAAGGAGGUAUAUUGCAGAAAGACAACACUGACAUUUCAAACAGUGAAUUUAACGAUACCUUUCAUGUACAUAACGAUGGCAUAUGGCCACCUAACUGGGAUCCAUCAUGCACCACUGAUUCGUGGGUAGAGUCAGAUAUCCCAGAACAUGAAUUCUGGUUUAAUGACCACAGUUCAUCAAACAUGAAUACUUCAGAGGUCAAAAGCACUACAGUUAACACCGUAUAUGAUAUAUUAACUGCCUCUGACCAAAAGAUGCAAGAGGUAUCCUUGCAAAAUUGUUUGCCCAUUGGUAGUUCCCAAACUUUCUUUCACUUGGGUGACUCCAGAAACCACAAUAUUGAGAGUUGUUCUAGCUCCAAAGACCAUGAGGCCAACAGCUCUGAUUUAUCGGAAGAUGAGAUUGCUAACCGGAGAUAUGGAAUCCUAUUCCAGGAUAUAGAGCCUGAAAAAGAAGAGGUAUCCCUGCCUUCCCCAGUGUGUAGUCUAGUUUAGAUAUAACAAUAUCCCUUUUUCUACCUUGUGCUUCUUUCACUCUUUACCCAUUCCUUUUGUUAAUUGUUGCAAGUAUGUGUUGAAUACAGAAUGUAUGUGCAACAUGUCCUCAUGCGCUCAUUUCAUUAAGCAGCAGGGAUCCUUAUAAACAAUAACCACUAUUUAAUUAUAUCAGAUACUUUUACAGGCAUCUUUCUAUGUCAGGUGUCCUCAACUUUUCAUGUUCAUGGUCCCUAAGACUGUUGGGGGGCCAGACUGUAGUCCUCAAACUAUAACCCUGCCCCCCCCCCCCCACUGCAUCCUCAAACUAUGGCCUGCUCAUUCCCUGCUCCAUCCUCAGAUUACAGCUCUGCCUGCUGCGUCCUCAAACUAAAGCCCGCUCCUGCGUCCUCCCUUUCCCUGCUCCCCUGCUGCGUACUCCCACUUGCUCCCUGCUGUAUCCUCCCGAUCCCCGCUGUGUCCUCCCGCUCCCCACUGCGUCCUCCCAGUCCCUGGGCCGUAGUUUGAGGAUCCCUGUUUACAUGAUAGGAGCGAUACAUGACGUGCAAUUCAGAAUUUCCUAACAAAAAGGCUGUCACAGGGUAAUUUAUGCAAAAAUAUUUGAUUACUUCUUCACAUGCACUUUAAGCUCUUAUAGAAACAAUAAUGUUUAAAAAUUGGUUUCUGUUAUGUAUUUUCCAUGAUGAACACUUUAUGAUUUCCCAAGCGUCUGUGCUCAGGCAAUCAUAAAGGAAACCCCGUAUGAGGUCUUUUGUUACAGAGUCUGGUUAUAAUAUCUUCUAGGGAGUAAUAGCAUUACAUUAGCUAGCCAUUAAUUUUAGUACAUUUUUGGAGUUAAGUCAAAUACACGUGCACACACAAAUCAACCUAUGCACCAACACCUGUAGCAACUUUGGCCAACCAAGGUUUAAAAAAUAACUCAUUCUAUUCAUUGUUAUUUUAUAAUAUAAAUAUGUAAUAAUACGUAAUCAUUUAAUAUAUAAUAUGAGGACAUUCUAAAUGACAAUAGGUUCUGGACCAGGUUGUGGUUAUAUAAUGAUGGAUGGUACCUGUCUCCUUAACAUGAGGUAACAGACACUCAUGCAGAAAUUGUGCUGCUGUUUUUUGUUAUGAGCAACAAAUGGGUAAGACAGGUUAUAUUGUGGCAGCUUUGUGCACUUUGGUUGCAGUCUACAAGAUUUGCUUGCUACUUUAAUUGAAAAGGAAAACUUUAGUUAUCAUGCUGUGUUUAUGUUUUGUAAAUGCAGUAUGUAAUAACCAAUCUUUGUUUGAGGUCCAUUUAGAAUUUUUGCUUAUGGACUCUAAGCAGGUAGUUGGCAAUACUGAGGGCAAGUCCUUUCAAUGGAGCUGGUUGAACUAUAACUCACUUUAGUUUUUGGACUGCAUUGGACUGUUUUUGUCACAUAAAUGGGUUCUCACAGGGGCUAGGCUGGAAAUAGCCUCUUCAGCAAAUGCAUCCACAAAUGCACUGGAAAGUGUGGGGUAAUGCACUUUUAAGAGAUCGGUGUAACCAUUAAAUAUGUAACCCUUGAAAGAGCUUAUAGCUCAAAGCAUGUCAUGAAGAAGACAGCAGCACACAAAAAACAACCAGCAUGGAGUGUCUGUUUCCUCAUGUUUAUCAAAUGAUAUAGGGACAUUUUCUGAGAAAGGCCCUGCAUUGUGAAACUUACAGAGUGCCCAGAGCUAAUGAUGGUGAUGAAAUUAUAUAAUGAAGAUGCAAAAUACUUUCAGACAUAAUACAUGUUUCUAAAAAAUAGCACACAUACUGUAUCAGUUAAACAAUACUCUGUAGGAUAAACAGUGCCAUUCAGGAUUAAAUGCUCAAAAUGCUCAUCCCUUUAUGGUAAAAUAGUCACCGUGAGCUUUUUUUCCAGCAGCUUAAACAAAGGUCCAUGGUGGGGCUGAUAUGUCACAACCUUUUUUAAGCAUUUAAAUGUGGACACACAUUCCUUUUUAACACAUUCAUAUGCAAACCUUUAAAUGAUAAAAAUAUCAAUUACCCUGCUGUAGGCAGUAGCAGAUUUGAGUUAGCUUUUAAGCAGGAAAUGCCCAUGCUUCCAAUGCUAUAUGCAAUUAGAAUAGCAACCCCUUUUAUUUUCAUUUGUAGCUUUCUUCAUUCAGUUAUAACAGGUUAUUAUUU